UCUCUCUACCAAAAAAUCAAGAGGGGGUAAGAAAAAGAGAGAGAGGGAGGGAGGGAGGGAGAGAGCUCAAAGAGGAGUUGGGAAUGGAGUUCCGAGCGUUGUGCGCUGCGCUUCUCCUCUUCUUCCUCUCUUCGUCGAGCGCAAUAGCGGUGACCAUUGGCGAGGACUACGUUCGACCCAGGCCGCGCAAAACCCUAAGUUUCCCAUGGAGGCCCAAGCGUUCCUCCGAUCCCCAACAGGUUCACAUCUCAUUGGCUGGGGAAAAACACAUGAGAAUCACUUGGAUCACUGAUGAUCAGUCUACUCCAUCAGUUGUUGAAUAUGGAACUUCACCAGGGGUCUACUCAUCAAUAUCUGAAGGCGAGAGCACAUCCUACAACUACUUAUUUUACAGCUCAGGAAAAAUUCACCAUGUGGUAAUUGGACCCCUUGAAUCCAACACAACUUACUAUUAUCGAUGUGGAGGGAAAGGCCAAGAUUUCCAUCUAAAGACACCCCCAUCCCAAUUUCCAAUUCAUUUCGCUGUGGUUGGCGAUUUAGGACAAACAGAAUGGACGAAAUCGACCCUUGACCACAUAAAUAAUUGCCAAUAUGACGUCCAUCUUCUUCCUGGGGAUAUUUCUUAUGCGGAUUAUCAGCAGCACUUGUGGGAUUCAUUUGGUCAGUUGGUGCAGCCACUUGCAAGCACGAGGCCAUGGAUGACAACAGAAGGGAACCAUGAGAAGGAGAGGAUAAUAUUACUGGAAAGUGGGUUUCAAGCAUAUAAUGCAAGGUGGAAGAUGCCUUAUCAGGAGAGUGGGUCGACGUCAAAUCUGUAUUACUCGUUUGAGGUUGCUGGGGUUCAUGCUAUCAUGCUUGGUUCUUACACUGAUUAUGAUGAGGAUUCGAAUCAGUAUACUUGGCUCAAGGCUGAUCUUGCCAAGGUAGACAGGCAAAGGACACCGUGGCUGUUAGUCUUAUUGCACGCCCCGUGGUAUAACAGCAAUUGGGCACAUCAAGGCGAAGGCGACAGUAUGAUGGCUACAAUGGAACCCUUGCUUUAUGCUGCUGGUGUAGAUAUUCUUCUUGCUGGCCACGUGCAUGCUUACGAACGCUCAGAACGCGUCUACAACGGCGAAUUGGACCCUUGUGGUGCGGUACAUAUAACAAUAGGGGAUGGAGGGAACCGCGAAGGAUUAGCUGAAAGAUAUAAGAACCCGAAGCCACAUUGGUCUGCUUUCCGCGAAGCAAGUUUCGGCCACGGCGAACUGAGGAUCGUGAACUCGAGCCACGCCUUGUGGAGCUGGCACAGGAACGACGACGAUGAGCCGGUUCAAUCAGAUCAAGUGUGGAUCAACUCGUUAGCGAGCAUAGGAUGCGUCCCUCGUCGGUCGCAUGAGCUUAGGAAGGUCUUGAUGGGUCCUUAAACUGCAACGGCAACUUCAACCAUCCCAAUGUACAUAUUUCGUAAUAAUAAUAUAAAUCAAAUGUUGUCUCAAAUGCUGCUCUGUGCUUGUGUAUGUGAUUAUUAAGGAAAAGGAUUUAGAGUGCUUAAAUAUAUGCUUAAAUGGAUGUACCCUAGAAUUGUAAUCUAUAGGGAAAUUUGUAUUCAGCUUAAUUACUGAUUAAGGGUUUUACUCUGACCAUCAAACAUUUAUAGCAGGAAUUAUCAAUUUUCUAUGGUCAAA